GGUAGUGGAAGUCGGGCGGCUUUACAACCUGAAGUCAACAACAAGCCCUGUUCGGCUGGCCCGUCACAGCCAGUUGUUCUUUUCCUCUUCCUCUCCUCCCUCUCUUUCUCUGGGAGUCCCUCUGGUUCUCCCUCCGCCUGCAGACACGGUGUGGGAGUGGGUGUGUCGGGCCAGUGGAGCCUCGUCUCUGCAUGUACGCGCUGCUUGAAAAGAGGAAAAAGUUGGUGAUGAGUUUAGAGUGAGAGACGAGGAUCACCGUCCAGGGAUGGCAGUCUGGACCCGAGCGGAUAAGAACGGUCAGCUGGACCUGCUGCUCCGGGACCGGUGGAUCCGAGUGGCUUCCGAACUCACCCGAGAGACUCUGACUCUGACGGCCGAGACGGAUCCCGGACAGGGGGGCACCCACUGGGACUACAACAACUCUUCAGCGGGCCUAAGGAAUGGUAUGUCGAACGGAAACGACCCGGGAACGAGUCCGGGGAACCCUGGUCGUGGUCCGUCCUCGGGUCAAGAACAACUUCCAAACCAGAACCACGGGGGUCGGGGGCGCAGCAGCAGCCCGGGGCGCGGGGCUUCAAGUCGGGGUCAAUACGAAGGGAACUAUGGUCUAAACAGCCCCGGAAAGUACCCAAACAACGGCACAAACUCUGACUUUGGAAGCCCGGGCUCCAGCUAUGGCAGUCCCGGGUCCAGCUUCGGGUCCAGACAGGGAGACUGCCCCGUCAGUGCGGACGGGACUUCGGAGGCUGUGCGUAAAGUGCGAGUUGUCAAACAGGAGUCUGGCGGGCUCGGGAUCAGUAUCAAGGGGGGACGUGAGAACCGGAUGCCAAUUCUCAUCUCUAAGAUCUUCCCGGGGCUCGCAGCAGACCAGAGCCGGGCGCUCCGAGUGGGGGACGCGAUCCUAUCCGUGAACGGGAACGACCUCCGGGAGGCGACGCACGACCUGGCGGUGCAGGCGCUCAAGAAGGCGGGGAAAGAGGUGACGCUGGAGGUGAAGUACAUCCGUGAGGUCUCUCCGCUCUUUAAAAAGCCGUCGCUGGUGGCCGACCUGCCGUGGGACGGUGCCCGCCCACAGUCACCAAGCUACAGCGGCAGUGAGGACUCGGGGUCGCCCAAACACAGCAGCUCCUCCUCCAAAGACAGGAAGGUCAUCAGUCUGAAGAUGUGCUUCAUCAGCAGGAACCUCACCAUGCCUGAUCUGGAGAACAGACUGCUGGAGCUGCACUCCCCGGACGGUCAGCACACGGUGGUGCUGCGCUGUAAAGACGGCCCCUCUGCCAACUCCUGGUUCACCGCCAUCCACACCAACAUAGCUGCCCUGCUGCCGCAGACGCUGGCUCAAAUCAACGCUUACCUUGGGGCCUCGUCUUCAGCCUCCACACACCCUCAUCUGAAACACAUCGGCUGGCUGGCUGAGCAGGUUCAGUUGGAAGGCGGACGGCAGCAGUACAAGCCGGUGGUCAUGGCCCUGACAGAGAAGGACAUCCUGCUGUUUGAAUCUGUGCCGUGGAGCAGAGAGUCCUGGUCCAUGCCUCUGCUAACACACCCGCUGCUCGCCACAAGGCUGGUUCAUUCUGGUAACGCCCGAGGUUCUCCGGCUCAGGGUGCAGAGCUGGUGUUCGCUACUCGGACGGGCACAGGACGGGGCAUCGAGUCCCACAUCUUCAGAGUGGAGACCCACUGGGAUCUGUCUUCAUGGACACGAGCACUUGUGCAGGGGGCGCACGCUGCGGCUGAGCUCAUCAAAGAAGUCUCCAUCGGGUGCACACUGAACAGACAGGAUGUUCGCCUGACGCUGCACUACGAGAAAGGCUUCACCGUGACGAAGGAGCCAGUCGAGCCAACAGGGGGCGCCGUGCUGUACAGAUACCCCUACGAGAAGCUCAAAAUGUCCGCUGACGAUGGAAUACGCAACCUUUACCUUGACUUCGGAGGUCCAGAGGGAGAAAUGAUAUUUGACCUCCACUCGGGUCCGAAGCCAGUGGUGUUUGUCCUCCACUCCUUCCUGUCGGCCAAGCUCACUCGUAUGGGCCUGCUGACGUGAAACCACCAACUGCAGCAGAGUGACCAGGACGGGCCAAGCAAAGCAACAGAGGGUGGGAGACGCUCCCAGAGUGAUGAUCCUGGUGGAUGAUUUUUCUUAUUUCUUUUUAAUUCCUCCGCUCGCAGCAGACGAGUGUCUCUGCCGGCGCUGCGGAACGAUUCAAACUACAAGUCGUACUGUCGAUUGUCUCAAAAAUGUGCCUUCUCUUUCAACUCUUUUCCUCCUCUUGCAGUCGUUUGAAUCGCAAGGUGAGCUGAGAGGAAGUGACGCUUUGCUUGAAGUCACAAAGUGUUAGGAGUCAAAAUACAAAAAAAAAAGAAGCUUUUCAUAAUCUCAACGUCCCGGUGAUAACGUGUUAAAAUAUGAUUGAAAAGAUGAGUUACUGAGAAGCUUUAUCAACUGCACACUUCAUGCAAAGAGUUACUGACAUGUAGAAAAGAAGGGAUGAUUUUUAGACGACUGGAACAGCCGAGCUCAGUUUGGUGAAUCCUCCUGUUUCUACUCGAUGCCUUUCAUUCCGUGACAGCCUUCAGUCUGCUUCUGAAUGUUUGUGUCUGCGUGUCCACAUGUAAGAGCUUCUUAGAGCCACAACACAGUUCACUGAGCAGGCAGUGUGUGAAUGAAGAGACGUGUGCGUGUGUGUGUGUGUGUGUGUGUGUGUGUGUGUGUGUGUGUGUGUGUGUGUGUGUGUGUGUGUGUGUGUGUGUGUGUGUGUGUGUGUGUCUUUAUACUACACUCUUGUGUUGGCUCGAUCGUGUGCCUGCUGUCUGACAGACUCACCUUUCAUCGUCCCCCUCCACUGUUGUAAUCAGGAUUGCCGACCGUGCCUUCCCGUGUAGUCCGAGUCACUCUUUGUGAUGUUUCCUUUUUUAUUUCACACAGUAAGAGAAUUUGAAGCUUGGACGUACACGAGCGAUAGUAUUACUCUUAUAGUGUAACCAUGUAAGUGUUUGUUUUUAUAUGUGUAUAUCUCAUCAUAGCAUGACUUCCUUACAUUGACCUCUGUAUCAGACCAUGAUACAUGACAUGAGUGUGUGUUACUUCCCCUUAUUGACCUACACCGCCACGUGUCUCUAUUAUCACAUUCCACUUUGCAUGAGAUGACUCGUCUCCUGUUACCGCCCGUACAGACAGCACUUUGUCUCUGGCUAAAGACUGUUUAACAGAUUUAUCUCAAGUGAAGUCAUGAAAUGACGGGCGCUCAUGUUUGUUCAUAAUCCAGCUGUAAUCAUCAAAGAUAACUCUGAUGAUCUCCUGCAGAAGAAAGUUACACACACCUUAUAUGUUGACCUUUCAGAUAUUUCCUGAUGAGGGUUUGAUCUUUACUCCAGGUCCACUUCCUCUCUUUGGAGCUUUCAGGCUCAAAGCUGAGACAUCUCCAGGACAGAUAUGAUGCAUCACCUCAUAAACGUCUUGAGACGAUCAUUAAAUAUCUGAUGAGGAUAUUUUGAAUCUUAAUAAAAACUAAACUAGUUUGCAUUCCCAGGAACUCCCUCUGUGUUUCAACAGCUGUGUAAAUUCCACAAACACUGACACGUUACAAGCUGCUAAAUCAAGAGAAUCACAGCUUCUUCUUUUUUUGAGAAGUACACACACAUAC